CUUUCUUCCGCCGUGCCACCUUAACUUUUCAACGUAUCUAGUGUAGGGUUACUCGUCUCGUUUCACAUCAAGAUAUUAUAAUCAGUAAUUGCCAUCAGUGACUUUCUUACACUUAUUUGCCAUUCUUGUUCAAUGAUGGCGAUAGCACAGAAUAAUGUACAGUUACACCAGAAAGUGAUGUGAUGCCCAUUCCGCUGCUGAUUUGUUGAAUUGUUUGGAGGUAGUGAGGAAACUCUGAAAGGAGUCCUCCCAAGCGGAAGCUCAGCGGUUUGAUUUCUGAAUUGUGUGGGUUGGAGCGUCUGAAUCUGGUUUUGGAGACUCGUUGGAGUGAUUGAGGUGGAGGGAACCAUGGAGCGGUUUCUGGCGACUGUGGGGAUAGACGAUCAGGUCGGAGGAGAGUCAGUUUUUGGGUCCGUAAAGAUUGCUGUAUUACCAAUAGCAAAGGUUUUCACAAUGUGCUUUUUGGGAUUUCUUAUGGCAUCCAAGUAUGUGAAUAUUUUGCCAGCAAGUGGUAGGAAGCUCUUGAAUGGGUUGGUGUUUUCACUGUUGCUUCCAUGUUUGAUAUUCUCCCAACUUGGACAAGCUGUGACUGUAGAGAAAAUGAUUCAGUGGUGGUUUAUACCUGCCAAUGUGAUUCUGGCUACAGUAACCGGCUCAAUAAUUGGUUUCAUUGUUGCAUCCAUUGUCCGUCCCCCAUACCCAUUCUUCAAGUUCACAAUUAUACAAAUUGGGAUCGGGAACAUUGGGAACGUGCCUCUUGUCCUGAUCGCCGCUUUAUGUAGAGACGAGUCCAGUCCAUUUGGUGAUUCAAACAAAUGUAGCACAGAUGGGACUGCCUACAUUUCAUAUGGCCAGUGGGUUGGUGCAAUAGUUCUAUACACAUAUGUAUUUCAUAUGCUGGCCCCUCCUCCUGAAGGUUCCUUUGACAUUGAUGAUGCAAGCCUACCUGUGAAGAACACACCAAAAGAUAGCACUCCUGAGCAGGUUCCCUUGCUUACUGCAGAAGCAGCACCAACAGAUUCAAAUGCUUCCAAGAAAGGAAAGAUCAAAGAAAUUCUAAUUUCUUUGUAUGAGAAGUUGAAGCUCAAGCAAAUCCUUCAGCCACCUAUCAUAGCAUCUAUCCUAGCAAUGCUAUUAGGUGCAAUUCCGUUUUUGAAGCGUUUGAUCUUUACUGCUGAUGCUCCACUUUACUUUUUUACCGACAGCUGCAUCAUUCUUGGGGAGGCCAUGAUUCCAUGUAUUCUGCUGGCUCUGGGAGGCAACCUCGUUGAUGGACCUGGAAGUUCUAAACUAGGUCUACGGACAACUGCUGCUAUUAUAUUCGGGCGGUUAGUCUUGGUGCCCCCUACAGGGCUAGGUGUCGUAAUGUUGGCUGAUAAGCUGGGAUUCCUCCCUCCCGGUGAUAAGAUGUUUCGAUUCAUCCUACUCCUCCAGCAUUCAAUGCCCACAUCAGUCCUUUCUGGCGCUGUUGCCAAUCUGAGAGGUUGUGGAAGAGAGGCAGCAGCGGUCCUGUUCUGGGUUCAUAUUUUUGCCGUCUUAUCAAUGGCUGGGUGGAUAGUUCUUUACCUCAACAUUCUUUUCUGACAAGUAUGGAAGCCAUGCCUUGUGCCUAAACUACCUACCUUCUUCUUUCGCUACCUCAUCUGGUUAAGGUAUGCCCAUAGCUAAACAGCCUUUAGUAGGAGACAUUUUCCUGUGAAAGGAAAGGUGACAGUAAAAGAAGACCAUGUCACCAUGAUAGAAUGAAGGAGCACCUCUGUUCAUAAGAGCUUUAGAAUGGAGCUCUGAAAUUUGUACACUCGUAUUGUCAAUAGUAAUUGUUCAUUUAGUAAAGAAAAUGAAAGUUUUUUUUUUGUUCUUCUCUAUUUUGACUUGGGUUUAAUGUGAAUUGGAGGUAAGCUUACGACAAAGAAAUGAAUGUCCUGUGCAAGUCGGAUAAGCUUACUAAUCAUGAGUAAGUCCAUUAUUAUGAGAAAUACUCUACAUUUAUGA